AUGCCUGCGGCCCAGACCCUGCUGGACGUCGCCAUCAUUGUCGGCAUAUGCCUUUCUUAUACACCACAGGUGUGUAUUACCAUUUCUUUUCUAUUUAUUUCAGAACUCCAUCUGGACAUGCGUUGGGGCGCUCCUUCCCUUCUUUCAAGUAGUCAUGCAGUUUAUAAUGGCGCUCAUAUUGUAAGUGUAGAAAAAAAGACCGUUCCUACGCUUAUCGAUCUGAAUACUUUUUACCCGAUGGGGAUUAAUGCUCAUUAUAUGGGCGCCAGUCCUCGCACUAAAGACGGCGCCACAGUUCCCAGCUUUUACGGAUCAUUUUCUGAACAGGGAUGCUUUCGCGAUUUUAAUUCCUGCCGCCAACAUACACAUCGUAAAGUUUCUGCCGAAUGGCGUCAAAUACAACGCUAUAUUAAAAUCUCUGGGGGCAUCUUUUUUUUUCUGUCUCUAUCCAUUGGGGGGCUUCUUGCUCUCCUUGGCGAGAGGCAUUUUGUUGUACGUCUAUAUGGGACGUCGCUAGGUGUAAUUUCUAUGAUUCUGGCAAUCUGGCAGUACAUUCCUCAAAUUAUGGCCGUCUGGCACAACUCUGCCAUCGGUUCGCUUAGUAUCUCGGCGAUGCUAAUCCAAGUACCAGGAUCAAUUUUGCUUCUUGCUUGCCAGAUGCUGGAUAAGCACUCCCAUUUUUCUUCAUGGUUGGGGUACCUCUGCUCCUCUAUUUUACAGCUUGUCCUGCUGUUAACAUGCAUCCAAUCUAAAAGAUACGAGCUUAGACCUUUGACAGCCUGUCACGAUCCAUUUGCUGAAGACGAGACUGGCGCUACCCAGAGGCCAGCCCUUGUAAAAAGCCUUCGCGAUGAGCUUUUUCCCUUGCUCUCGCCCACGAUUGCGUAA